CUUUUGUCUUGAACUUGUUUCUUUUGUCUCUUUAGUCAUGAAUCCUAUUCCUUUGACAUCUACCUUAUUAUCAACUUUUAAGGUAACAAAGGCUUUUGGUCCCAAUCGUCGUCAUUUGACUUCUUUAUCUUAUGAUGAUACUGGUGAAUUUUGUAUUACAGCUGCUGAAGACGAGAGUUUAAAACUAUACAAUUGUAGAGACGGAACACUUAAAACAACUUUAUAUAGUAGAAAAUACGGUGUUGGUUUAGCUCGUUUUACCCAUCAAGCCAGUAAUGUCAUUUAUGGAUCAACAAAGGAAGACGAUACUUUACGAUACUUAUCAUUACAUGACAAUAAAUACAUUCGGUAUUUUAGAGGACACAAAAAGAGGGUGAUCUCACUAGAAAUGUCACCAGCGGAUGAUCAAUUUAUAUCCUCUUCAUUGGAUGGAACGGUUAGAUUAUGGGACUUACGAUCACCUAACUGUCAGGGAAUGAUUGAUGCAGCAGGCAGGCCUAUUGCAUCGAUUGAUAAUGCUGGUUUAGUCUUUGGAGUAGGUUUGGAUUCUCAAGUUUUACGUUUAUACGAUAUUCGAAAGUUUCAUAUUGGACCUUUUGCUACUUGGACUGUGACUGAUCCUUUAUACCCUCAAGGCACACCGGAAUGGACAAGUAUCAAAUUCACCAAUGAUGGACAACAUAUUCUUUUAACAACAACUGGAAAUGUACAUUAUGUAUUAGACGCAUAUAAUGGUCACGUUGAAAGACGGUUAAUUGGUUCAACCGCAUUACCACAAGUUGAAGAAACCGAAGGAAAGUAUCGAUGUGGUGAAGAGGUUGGGUUAUCUCCUGAUGCAAAAUUUGUUCUCGCUGGUGGUCAAGAUGGUGUGGUACGUGUUUGGGAUCUUUCAGAUAAUAAUCAAAAUGUUGGUACGAAUGGCUUGACUACUAUACUGGAUACCCCUGUCGCGACAGAAUUAUAUCCUCCUCAUGGUCAUGCAACUGGUAGUAUUGAUGUAUUGGGUUUCAAUCCUUCCUUGAUGAUGAUGGCCUCAGGUGGCAACGAAUUAGUAAGUACUAUCAAAGAGACAAUUUUUUUUUUUAAAAAAAAAGAAAAACGAUGUUAUCCCUCGGACUGUCUGGUCACAAUCAUCACCAUUGUAUUGAACCUUAUGGCAAGCUAUUUACCGCUCUAUCAAUCAUCGAAGAUAACAUUCUAUUCUUUUUCUUCUUCUAUUAUAUUCGUAUACGAUACUCAUGGUCUUUUUUUUUUCUUUUAGGUCUUUUGGGAACCUACGUUGACUGAAUAGAUUGAUUCAUCAUUUUAUUCCUUCCUUUUUUUUUUUUUUCUUCUAGUUGUAUAUUCACCAGCAUUCUUAGUCUAGAAUUCCUAUUCAUCCAUUGUAUCUAUAUUUAUAAUAAAC